AUGCGGCGGCUUAAAAAUGCAUUCCGGUCCAAAUCUGAGACAUCUGACCCUGCUGCAUCUCGUGCUGUCUGGCCACGACGGCGUCGGCCGUUUGAAGGAGAUCCAUUGAAGCCUCAGCCAGAAGCCGCUUCGAAUGAACUAGACGAUGAGCCAACAACCGAAGCUGGAACCAGCGCAAACAAGCCAUCUGGCUCGGCCGCAGUAGCCCCCGUCGACAAUACUGACAAUGCCGAAACUGGGUCGAAUUCCCAACAAGCCCAAAACACUAGCGAACUUCCUUCCCGGUCCAAGAAUGGCACCAGGCGUCUGAAGAAAAUGGUUUCUCGCUUCCGUGCCAGCUUAUCCCACGAAGAUGAUCCUAUCACAGACACACAGCCUCAAACUGCGCAGGAGAGUUCCGGCACAGAGAGACCGAGCUCUAUACCUUUGUCCUCCAAUCCCGUUGAGCUCGAUACCACUGCCGUGGAGCCGUCUACGGCCGCUAGCAAGUCUGUCAGAUUCGAUGACCCAAAAUCGGGGCGGAAGGUCAGCGCUCAGACGACUCAUUCUCAGGAGUCCAGCCAGACUGAGGAUAUUGUUUGCCGAGACCCUGCUCAACAUAUCGCGACGCCUAUUGAGGAACCUUUGGAGGAGUGGGGAUGGCCGGGACUCAUGCUGUAUCCCUCUGAGAGUAGCAACAACCCCAAGACUCAUAUACGGGAGGUUUCGGACCCGUUCUCAGAUGGGAAGGCCGUCGAUGCCAGACAAGAAAAGCCAGGGCCUUCGAGGCAUAGCCGGGAGGAAUCAUCCAGGGCUUCCGAAGGGACACUGGAGCCUAUCGUUGAGACUGACUUUGACACAAUCGAACCUGUCAUCGAACCAGCCGAGCCCGAAGGUCGGGAUUCUCAGAGGCUAAGUCCGGCCAACAGCGAAACAAGUUGGACCAGCACACUUGACUCGCCCAAGGCGAUCUCGGCCUUCAACCGCAUGGCAUCUCAGUUUGGCAUUCCGAUUUCCAUUCCAGGUGAUGAGACUCCAAGUCCACCAGCGGAGGGCAAUCCUACCGAGGAAGAGGGCACGAGUCGUCGUGGAUUCGGAUUGUUGGGUAAAGUUCGCAAGGUGCGAUCCAGUUUGGAUGCCGACACCACCCCUUUGGCGCCACCUCCUAAGCUGCGACGGAUGAAAACAUUCGCCAAUCUGCGCCGUCCGACUCCAAUGACUUCGUUGCAAGGAAGAUCGAUCGAGACAUUAGCUCGUCUUGGAGGAUAUGGCUAUCUUAUGCUGACGGACUUGGCCCCUUGUCCCGCGCAGCUGCCCGCAUACAUUGUGUCAACAUUGCUGUUUCUGCACAAAUAUGGUAUUGACAAUCCCGAGAUCUUCAUCCAGUCCGGCGAUCUGAAAGCCGCCAUCCGGUUGUAUGACCACUUUGCUAGCCAGGUGCUUGAGGUUGAGAAAGAUGAGUCGAAGAUUUCCCUUACCAUGCGUGUGGUUGCCAUGCCGCAGCUCCGUGAAAACUUGGCGCCCGUGUUGGGGGUGGCCUGGGCCUUCAAGGCCGUGCUGGCGGGGCUUCCAAGCGGGAUCCUCGGGAGUGUCCGGCUCUACCAGGUUUUGAGGGCGAUGUACUAUCACCCCAUCCUCAAUCAAUCUCAUCAGCUUCGUGUGCCAAAAUGUAUUUCUGAAGCGAGCCCCGCGACUGCUGCCCGAGUUCAGCUGAUAUGUCUUGCGCUCAUUGCCCUUGCUCCUGAGAUGCAGCGCGACCUUAUCUGUGCGGUAUUUGGGCUACUUUCCUUGUUGAUGAAUGCGGAGACCAACGUCGAAGAGCAACCCGGGAUAGAGCUCCGUGAUCCAGUGGCGAAUCCGAAAUUCCACGAGUUGGUGCGGGUGUUUGGGCCGCUGCUCCUCGGGCCCAGGGGGCAAGAGUACUCAGAAGGGGUCUCGACAGAAGUUCAAAAGGAGAUUGAUGAUCAACGGGUGGCGAGUCUGUUGCUCAAUAAUUGGCAUUUCGUGCACCGACAGUUACGAAACUGGACAAGUGGACGGUACGUGGUGGGCAGGGAAUAA